CCAGACUCAAAAGAGGAACCCAUCCUUCAAACUGUGUUUGAAGAAAACAAAACUGUGAAAUAUGUCAUAAUGGUGUUGUCAAUUGAUUGUCAUGAAUCAAGACAAAUAAUGUAUUAAUUAACAAUAACCCUUUCACUUGUUCUCUUUCGUGCAGUGAAUCGGCUAACACGAUUUUACUAGAGUAAAAGGUAACUGAGUGAAAAAAUAAAUGAAACCCUAAAUAUCAAAACUGGCAGUAUGGUAGGUUGGGCAUGUAAUAUUGUGUUAUGUUAUAUUCCACUGGUAUAUUUGCCAGACCUAAAUUAUUCUUUGCUUACAUUUAAAACUAAAACUAUGUUUAAGGGAUCUUGCCAUACACUGUUACGGUUGGAGAAGUAAGAGUUAAAAUGUACUGGCACAGAUGGUGGAACAGAAUAAUCCUCUUUUAUUGCAGUCACUCCUCCCUGCAUGGAGGUCUGCAUGUAGCUGAUAAUUAUCCUAAUGGAAUGAAUGAAGACAAAGUGAAGAAAGCAACAUACAGAUGUGCCAUCCUUGUAGUGGGUCACUGUGGCUGCUGAAUGACACGCCACCAUGCUGGAUCGGAUACUGUUUUCAUCUUUAUAGACAUUUUCAGUGUUUCAGGGCCUGCUGAAGUAGCUUCCUGGAAUCAUUAAUAGCCAGCAAAAGAGUUUGGAUGUUUUUGGCACAGCCUUUUGAAACGAUGAAUCCAUCACUAAAGGCAACCAGGAAGUCAACCAACUAGGAAGAAUGCAGAGUGCAGGCUUCUCCAAUUCAAGCUCACAGAUUAGGAAUGAUUCUUUGUCUCGUCUCUCAAAUGUGACCACUGCCACCCCAGCCAAAAAAAUAACUUUCUACAAGAGUGGAGAUAACCAAUUCAGUGGAAUCAGAAUGCCCAUUCAUAAGCGAAGCUUCAAAUGCUUUGGUGCCUUGCUGGACGACCUUUCACAAAAAAUGCCUUUGCCAUUUGGUGUUCGUACGAUCACUACACCCAGAGGAACUCAUGCUAUUCAGAGUCUGGAGCAAUUACAGGAUGGAGCCUGCUACCUGUGCUCUGAUCGCCACUAUGUUAAGCCAAUCGAUAUGGAGGUUGCAGGGAAACGGCCUGCUGUAUGGCACCACAGCUACCCACUAAAUCACCGGAGGAAGCCGUCCCGACCUGAUGAGCCACCUACAGAAUAUUCUGCCCAUCACUACUAUAGACAACCAAAGAAGAUUGUGCUGGUGAAGAACAGUGACCCUGCAGUGAGAAGGUCCAUCAUUUUGAACAGAAAGAGAGCUCGCAGCCUUCGUGUCUUUAUGGAUGAGAUCUCUGAACUCAUGCAGUGCCAUGUCAGGAAGCUGUACACCUUGGAAGGACGGAAGAUUGAUAGUACACAGAGCUUGAUGCAAUGUCCCAGUGUGCUGGUAUGUGUAGGCAGAGAGCCCUUUAAGCCGCAACUUCUGGAGAAUCUGAGAAAGAACUCAGAAGAGAAGUUGCCUGGGAUAGGUGCAAGGUCACACUCCAGCAUCUACAGCGAGGGGCAUGACAGCAAGAAAAAUGUAAACUUUGGACUUGAGGCGAAGAAGAGUGUCAUCCAUCCAAGGUCAGAUUCAAGUAACAAAUCUACAAGGUUCUCCCUUUCAUCAGGUAAAUCCUACGCAAAUGGAUCAGGCAUGACUUCAGGGCAGCCGGGAUGUGUUACAAAAGAAGUUGUAAUGAAAGAUGAUGUUGAAAAAAGGGUUCUCAUUAACAAAGAUGGCAGUUUGUCUGUAGAAAUGAAAGUUCGGUUCCGCCUUGUCAAUGAUGAAACUCUUCAGUGGUCCACUGAAAUCAAGAAAUUGCCAACAUCUACAAAUGAAUGUAAUCCUUUAGAGGAGACAGACCCUCACUCUCACUGUCUUCAAAAUAAAGCUGUAUAUUCUGAACCAGAGUCUAAUGCUGAAUGUGGGGCUGAGGAGGCAUGUUCAUCAAAAUGUCACCAAAUGGACUGUAUGGAAUCCUACUGUCAAAAUUGUUGCAACCAUAGUCAAGGGUAUGACAUCUGGAAAAACCCCUUACACAAGGAUAAUGGAACCUGUGGAACCAGGAGCUGCUCUAAUUCUGCUGAAUCAUCUGAUAAAAUUAUGCACCAAAAGGCAUCUGUUGACAGUGUGUAUACAGUUUCCAGAUCCAGUGAAGAAUAUACUGAACAUGUGGUAGAAACAUCUUGCUUUCAGCAGACUAUUGAGGAGAGGGAUACAAGAAUUAAGUAUUGCUCAACAAGUCGUUGUUGCAGUCAGAGUGAGGUGUCAACCAGCACCACAAAGUGUAAUAUACCCAUUGACAAUUGUGAGAGUAACACUAAGCGAAUAUGUCACCAUAAUGGUCAUACGAAAACAGAUAAUGCACAAUCUGAUCAUUUGUACAAAGCCAAAAAUGUAAAGGAACAUCUGAAUUCUUCUACCUGCAAUUCAUUCAUCAUCGAGUCAUUCAUAAAGAAAAAGGACGAUGAUUAUGAUGACCUUUCCCCAAGCAUUUCAAGAGCAUCUCAGCAGUGUUCUGAACAGUACAAACAAUUUGCAUGUGUACACUGCUAUGGCAGACAACAGUCACAAAAUGUACAAUCAUCCUUUAUAACACCUAAAGCCUCAAGCUGUACUGCUGAUGCAUUAAAAUCCAAAAGCAUGUAUGCAACACCAGAACUCAACCAGGGGGUUCAUGCAGACACUAAUAGUAUGGACUGUGCCAUGUCUUCAGUUUCAAAUGUGUCUUCAAUGUCUCAAUGCUGCUGCAGCCAAUGCAGAGAAGCAGCAUCAAGCAUCCUGGAAUCUGAUCUGCAGGGAGGUUUAAAGAAAGAGGGUCAGAAUUCAAUGUCUGAUGAGAGCAAUGUGUCUAAUAAAUUUCAAUCGAGAACAAAUUCUGCAUGGAAAGUGACAUCAGACAAUGGUGCUCAGAAAGCAUGCAAAGAGAAAAAAAAUAGUGGAAAUAGAUCUGUCUUGUCAACAAACACAUGUUCCUCUGUAAAGUCCACAGUAUGCCCUUGUUGUGGUGGUUGUGGAAGAUUAAUAUCAACACUACCAUCAAAUAUACAAGAUAAACCAGUCCAAGAAGCUGAGGAAGUUGGUGAAGUUAAGCCAUCUUGUCAGAGAUCAUCAACAGGGUCAGAGAGAUCUAACAAAUGUAGACAUUGUGCACCAAAAGUGAAUCUGCAAUGUCAAACAUACUUGAGAAUAUUUAUCAAAAUAAUAGCAGAGGUAGUGGUCAGGCAUGCUUGCUCCCAAAGUGCAUUGUUUGAUUUAUCAGAUCGUUCCACUGAUUCAGAACAAUGCAUUAAAUCAAACCAGCAUGUAUGUGAGAGGUCAUCUAUUGCAGAAGUGAUUUCUGAAAAUACUAAAUUGGAUGAUGUAGAAGGCAGGACUGAAAGUGACAUGACAAUGAAAUCCAUCGUGAAUGCAAAGACAAACAGUGACAUCCUAGAUAAAUUAACAGCAUCAGAAACAGAGAAUGAAAUUGCUGAGGAAUUUGGGAAUUUGUAUAUAGCCCAGGAAAACAAAAUAAAAGCAGAGAAUGUGAUGCAAGACUUUGAUAUUGGCACUAAAGAAAGAAUCCCCAGUGUAAUGUCACUUAAAACACACUCUUCUAAAGAUUCUGACAAGUCCCACAAAUCAAGCAUUAAAGACACAGAAACUGCCUCACCACCAGUCACUGCAAGAUCCAUUACAGGCACUCCACAUGUAAAAACAAAUUCAGAGAGGUCAAAAAUUGAACUGUGCAAGAGUGACAAAGUUACAGUGAAAUCAAAUGCAUGCUCAGAGAGAGAUUUUGAGUCAGUUUUAAAUCCCACUGACAUGUCAACCAGGCAGGAAACAACACAAAAAACAAAUGAUGCAAAAUGUAGUCUACAGAAUUCCUCACCAGCAGCCUCCCUAUCACCAAAGCCACCAAUUACAAUCAAAAAUGAUAAUCAAGCAUUAAGUGUAAAACUUAUUCAUUCGAAAACAUCUUCAAAAUCAAGAUGUGACAAAUGUCACUGCUCUUCGAACAGAUGUGUUGAAAAAGCCUCAAAUAGUCACUCAGGAGAAUCCAAAUCUCCAGCUUUACACGGCAUAAUAGAUGAACCAUUAAGUCCAACAGCAACAACGUCUAUCUCCCUUGGACUUGGUGAAGAACAGAGGUCUGAGGACUUCAAUGAACAAUCAAUGGGCAACAUAUCACAAAUCUUUAAUGAGCCUGUAUGUUCAUCAGAGAAAUAUACCAGGGAACCGUAUGCAUUAGAUGCUAUUAACAAUUCUGCAAUAACAGAAACCAAAGAUAGGGUCAAAACAGCUUUGUCUACAAGUUCUAUGGUGUCAGAUAAAACAAAAGGAUCUAAUUUCAUGCCAGUUUCAUGCAAGACUCCUGAAGUUAUCUUCGGGGCUAUAUCUGAAAGUAUCAUAUCAACCAAAUUAAAAACAGAAAGCAAGAUAGAGAGUCAACUUUUACAGAAUGAUGACGAUCAAAAAAUUUCAAUCAUAUCUGGAAGUUCUAGUCAAAAUAAAAUAACCUUCAGAAAGGAUACCUCCCAUGGAGCUGCUACAUCUAAAGAUCAAUGUACUGCAAAGAGCAAAGAAAGAUCAUCUUCAAACCUGGAAAUAAAAGAAGCCAGGAUACCUGACUCCAACAGUGCCGCGAGUGUGAUUUCUUCCAAAACAUCCAAAUCAGGCAAGAAACUUACACCCAAGAAUAAAUAUGUCACUAAGUCUCAAGUCUCACAAAAAUGCAUCGCACCUGAUUCUCAUGGUGAUAGUGUUUUAUCUCCCAGUCCAGAUCUACUAAAGGACAAGGAUACUGAUGCUAAAACAGGCAGUAAAAGAGCAGGAUCAAGCACAUCAAACAAAAACUAUGUCCUUGAACAGUUGCAGGAUACAGACAGUAAUUGUAAAUGCAGCAGGGGCUAUAAACAAAGAACAAUUUGUGAUACAUCACAGAACAAAACUGAGAAUCAUUGUAAGGAAUCCCUGAUGCCAUCUUGUUUACCUAAUGCAUCACCUACAGAUGUUAUAAAUGACUGGCUUAAAAAUAUACCAAAUGAUGGUCCUAUGUAUGAAAUGGAUGAUGAGUUCAUUAAGGAACUUGAUGCAAAUCCCCUUCACAUAUCUGCUGUGGAAGAAGAAGGAUGUUUUCGAAAUGAAUUCGGAGAACUCUCUUUAAAGCCAGUGAAAGUGAAAGAAUAUCAAGAAACAGGUGGACAUGAAAGUGCAGAUACUGGAACAGAAGAUAAAAAUACCACCUGUAAUGCAAAACUGCCACAUAUGGCAUUUCAAACUCUUGCAGACAACAGCGACUGUAGUCAUCUCAGUCAGAAAGUAACUAACAGAGAGAAUUUAAAAAAGAAUUGCCAGUCCUCGAUACAAGUCAUGAAGGUCCUUUUAAGCCCAAAACUGGACAGAUGCAAUAGUUUGCCUGAAGUUUCGCCAACAUAUGGGAAAAAGUUAAGCACAUCUGCCAAAGGUCUGCUAGACUGCCUUGCUAAUUUACAAAUGAUUGACCCAGAUCCAAAAAUAUAUGACAAAUAUAGUGAAAUAAUAAGCACUCUCCAGGUACUUUGGAUUAACAACCCCUCUGAAACUAUGCAAGACAAUCGUAAAAUGCAGGGUCAUUCAGCAGAGGAUGAGGUUAACCUGAGGUCUUCAUCCGGGGUUGAUUUAAGCAGUGGUUCCAUAGGGUCUGGCAAAGGAAGCAUCACUGGUAGGCUUGAAAAAUCUGAAUCAGCACAAGGUAGAGCAUCAGAAAUAGCUGAACAGAAGGUCUUCCCACAGAUUCAAAGAGCAGGUGAAAACAUAAAUACUUCAAUUGUCUCUUCAGAUCCUAUAACUCCAGACAUUGCUGAGAGGGUGCGAUGCAGCCCGGAACAUGAAAACCUAAUUGAGGAAGUACAAAAAGAUGAAGGCAUUAAAGUCACAGAUAAUGUCUUUCAGACUGAUGAAGAAAUUAUAGAUCUAAAGGAUAUAGUGGGAAUCUCGACAGGGACCUCUGAGAAUAAUGGAAAUAUUGAAUCAGUAGCUGUAGCUGAUAAAGAAACAAAUCCAUCAGAAUGUUACAACUCAAGAACACUACCAUCAGAUCAAAAAGGUCAACUGACUAAGAUCAUUUCACAAGACCCAGAUCCAGUGUGGGUUCUGAGCUUGUUAAGGAAACUGGAAAAGCAAUUUAUGUCUCACUAUGUAAAUGCAAUAGCAGAGUUCAAAGUACGAUGGGAUUUAAAUGAUAACGAAACACUUAAUCUAAUGAUCAGUGAACUGAAAGAAGAGGUUCAUAAAAGGAUUCAGUGCACUAUAAAUCGAGAGCUCCAGAAGAUCCAAAGCCGAGCUGGUAGAACACCAAGGCCACCAGCAAGCAUGCUUUCUAGAGAUUCUACUGUUCAAACUGAGCAACGGCGAAGACGUCUCAAAGUUAUGCAGAAUAAACUUAUUAAUGCUUCAAAAUGUGAAGAAAUGAACAAUGCUUCAGGUACUGAGUUCAGUGACCAGCGCAGUGAAGAGGAAUAUUGUCCGUGUGAGACAUGUGUAAAAAAGAAGGUGGUAUCUCGAGUUGCCCAGUGUGCUGAAGCUUUGAGCGUGGCUCCAGUUCUUAAGGAUUUUGAUCUUAAGAAAAUUUUGCAAACAAAGAAACAUCCCCUUGUUUGUACACCAGUCCAGUCCAAGCUGGAUGAACAAAAAGUUCAGAAAGAGGGUUAUGACAGCAGCAGUUUACAAGAGAAAAACAAUUUUGAAGUGGUUUAUGAGGACAACAAAGUAGAUAUUAUAACAAAACAGAUAGGCAAGGAUUAUAUCUUUAUUAAAGGGGAGACUAAGGAUGAAAUUAUUACAGAGUAUGGAAUUCAGGCUUGUGAAAAUCACGAAGGAUGGAAGACCGCGAAGGUCGAACCAGUGGAUCAGGAAGAUGAUGGGCAGGCUGCAAAAAUAUUUUAUAAUGAUACUGAUGAGGCAGACAGCAAAACAAAGAGAGAAAAAUAUGAAGUUGGAGAGAAUUUGGAGGACAAAAGCACAGUUAAGAAGGACAAUAAAGUAAUGAAUAGAGACUGUGACGAGGCUGAAGAGGCAACAGAUGGAAAUACAACAGCAGAUGAAGAGCUAUCAAUGGAAGAAGAUUCAUCUAAUGAAGUAGCUGCAGAAAAGAAAGAAACACAAAGCAGUGGAAUGGAAAAGCAACAAGAAAAUACAUUGAAGGAAAACAAAUCGAAUGAUGAAAGAGCUGAAGAGGAGGUGUCUGAAGGGGAAACAAAUAAAGAGGGUGAAUUUGGGGAAGAUGAAAAAGAGGAAAGAGAUGCGACAGAAGAGAAGGCAGAGAUACCAGCAGAGAGUGAAGGAACAGCAUAUAGAACAGGAGAGGAAACACAAUCAGCCAAAGAAGGCAAGAUAUCCAGGGACGAAUAA